AUGUCACCUUAUUCUCAUAAUUCAUCAUCUAACAAUAUCCAUAAUAAUAGUGCUUCAUCAGCAGCAAAUCAGUCUAAUAACAGUAAUAGCAAUAUAUCUUCUUCAAAAAGAAACAUUAGAAAACCUGUACCACAAGGUCCAGGACCAAAUCAAGAACCAAAAGAAUAUUUUGAAAAUUCUAGAACAAAACUUUUGAUAGGACAUACAAAAACUGUAAGAACAGUUGCUUGGAAUUGUGAUGGUAGAAAGCUUGCUAGUGGUUCUGUAGAUAAAACAGUUAGGCUUUGGGAAGCCGAUCAGGAAGAUAUAAAGUAUUCAGUUAAAUUAUUAGGACAUGAGGAAAGUGUUGAUCAGCUAUGCUGGAACCCUCAAUCACCAUAUGAAUUAGCAACAGCAUCAACCGAUAAAACUGAUGAUAAAAUAUCAUUUAUAGAUAAUAAGAAAAAUCCAUCUACACUACCUUCCAUUGUUAAUCAUUAUUUUGAAGAUAAUGAUUCAAGAGAUGAAGUACAUUCAGGUGGAGCAGAUGCACUUGUAACUUUAUGGGAUAUAGAAGAAUGUGUUUGUUUAAGAACAUUUGGAGAAUUGGAAACAAUAAGUUUUACAUAUGAUGGUGAUUACUUGGCAGCAGCAUCAGAAGAUGAACACAUCAUAUCAAAUGUAGAAAAUGGGAGCACAGUGUAUAAAAUAAAAACAAAAGCAGCUACAAAUUCGGUUGCGUGGCAUCCAAAAGGAUAUUUAUUAGCAUUUGCAGGUGAUGAAGAGUCAUCUAUUGAUAGAACUUAUGUUGGACUUAAAAUAUUUGGGUUUAAUGAUUUGAAUAGUUGA